GGCUCCGUCUCCCUCAGACGUGUGUUGUGAGGCCGGUGAUGCGCUACGCCUUUAUUCUCAUCUCUCUAGGACUGGUUUUCCCACGGUUUUUUUUUUUCGUUGUUACUCCACAGGUUAUUGUUAAAAGUGAGCACCGGUGCAUCGGCUGUUGUUGCUGAGUGGGCGCCGUCCACUGCUUCAGAUUGGAGUGUGAGCGAGCGUGUUGAUGAGUGUGUGAAGUCAGCAAUUAGAGUGAAAGGUUUUAUGGAGAGAGGACUUGCCGGAAUACAAUGGGGAAAGUCAGCAGUAGAAACUCUUUGGUGUCAACUAGACGCAGGCUAAUAAAGGCAUCAUCUGGGGUGGGUGUUAAAAAAAGUCGUGGUUCAGCUAAAGUCUCUCUACCACCUCCACCUCCACCCCAAUCACUUGUUCUGGAUGAAGACUCAGGCUUUGGCGGUGACCAGUCCCUGGAUUCUGAAUCAUCAUUGCUGUCACCCCCAGGAACAUCAAGUGCGGGUGUUGCAUCCCUUCCAUCAGUUCUCCCAUCAUUGACGAUGGUACCACAAGCGAAACUGUUGCUAGUCAGUUUGUUGCAAGGUGCUGGAGGCGUGCAAGGUACGAGGACCAGCCAGAAAACCUCAGGAAACAUUGCGGUAGGGGCUUUUACCCCCACAACACAAGCGAGCGUCAGUAAUGGCACCAACCAAACUGGGAACACCCAUGGUGCAGUGAUGUCCAGUGGUGCAGAAAAGGAGGGUCAGAGCUCUCAAAGUGUACGGCCCUUGCUGGCUGCUGCCUCCAUCAGCCUCCAGGGUGCUCCUGGCACUGAUGUUCUGUCUGAGCUGCCAGCAGCCAGUACCAGCUCUCCCUCCAACAACCCAGCUGAGCCUGUGGCUCAGGUAGGCCAUAAGGUGGCAGAGAACAAGUUUAACAAGAAUCUUCAUGUGGAUUUAGGUGGUGAGGAAGCCCAGGAACUGCCUGCCUCUAAAGGAACCACUAAAAUUCAUUCAGUACCACCGCUUGUUUCAUUUCGGGAUGUGUCACUUCUCUCUUCAUUAAACCCAUUUCAGAGGAGAAGUAGAGGUGCGUGUAAUGCCUCAUUACUGUGUGUAGAUGGACGUCCACAACCAUGUGGCCACAGUAACAAGAUAAUAAAAUCAAAUGCCCCCCACACGCCUCUUCCUCUUAAUGCUCAAUUGUCAUCUCAUUCCUCUGAUGGGACAAUGGAAUUAAAGCUUAUCUCCCAGCCAGAGGAACAGCAUCGUGCCCGCUACCAGACUGAAGGUUCCAGAGGAGCUGUUAAAGACCGAUCAGGAUUGGGUCAUCCAACAGUUAAGUUGAUUGGAUAUAACAAAGCUACAGUACUACAAGUGUUUGUUGGCUCUGACUCCGGCAAAAUGGGGCCACACAUGUUCUACCAGGUCUGUCGUGUCAGUGGCAAAAACUCAACACCAUGUAAAGAACGGAGACUUGAUGGCACUGCCCUGAUUGAAGCUUCUCUUGACCCUGAAACAAAUAUGACCAUGAGUUGUGACUGUGUAGGCAUUUUGAAAGAGCGCAAUGUCGAUGUGGAGCACCGGUUUAAGGCUGCAGUGUCACGAGGCCGCAAGAAGAGCACAAAGUGUCGGUUGGUGUUCCGCACUUUUGUCACUCUUAAAAAUGGUGCUCAAGAGACCCUGCAGGUUGUCUCACAACCUAUUGCCUGUACUCAGCCACCUGGGGUGCCAGAGAUAUGUCGCAAAUCUUUGAACAAGUGUUCUGUAGCUGGAGGGACUGAAAUGUUCAUCUUUGGUAAAAACUUCCUGAAGGACACAGUGGUCAUCUUCCAGCAAAGUGGCACAAAAUCACAGCCAAUAUGGGAGGAGAAAGUCUCACCAGACAAGGAGACACUUCAGCCUAUUCACUUAAUUGUGACAGUUCCCGAGUAUUACGAUCAGUCAAUAACCGAGGAAGUGAUGGUGGACGUGAUGGUGUCAUCCGGUGGCAAAACCUCCGAGUGCCACAGCCUGACAUAUGUACCACUGGUGAUCAAGAGAGAACUGCCAGUCACAAAUAAACAAGAUAAGCUCUUACCAAAAGGAGUUUCACCCUGUGCCUUGCAAUUGAAUCGUCACUAUGCAGAAACAGGGACACUACCCACACAACUGCCAGAGGCCACAGCUCCUGUACCCUCCAGUCAUGCCACCAGUACUACUUCAGUGCUGACAUCUGCAACAAUGGGAACAUCAUUACAAGGGUCACAUCUUAUGCUGAACAGUACACCCAACAAAAGAGCUUCCAUUCGUGCGCCACGCUCUGCAUUACGUCCCUCCAAGACAUCAUUACUUCCUGGCCGGGCUACUACAACGACGUCAUCUUGGUCAAGGAUGGCUGACACUUCAUUAUCAUCAGUGUCAGAUGUCUGUAAUGGUGGUACAGAAAAAAAACAAGAGAAACAAGGAAAGGUUCAAGGCUUACAGGGCACAGUGAGUCUUGAGAGCUUGGUAGAAAUGUUGAAAGUUGUUCAGAAAUUCCCGUCUGGCUCUAAUAUACAUACCUGUGUUCUGCAGCUGGUAGAAGAAUUGGUAAAAUCCAUGAAAAAGAAUAUUUCUUCUCCAUUUAAAACAGAAGUAGAUGACCUGGUGAUUAAAGAAGAUGUGGUUAGUUCAACAUUUUCAGAGAGAAUGGCCAGUAAUGUACAAGCCUCAGAUAUAUCAUCUGUCUCUUAUCUGAAUAAGACUCAGAAAUUGGUGCCUCAUUCUAUUUCUCUGCAAUCCCAAUCUCAGCCCCAAGAGACAUUUGCAAAUGGCAAUCACUCCAACAAUGUGGUUUUACCUGCAGCUACAACUGUCAGCUUAUUUCCAUUUACAUUGUUAUCUGCAAUGCCUUCCACGGUGUCGGCUGGAGCGAGAGUAGCACGUGUAGCCCCAGUGGCACCUGUGGCUCCCACUACAGUUGUUUCUUCCCCAGGACUGACCCGUACAGUCAAUGUGUGUCUUGGUGAGGCUCCAAAUAUCUUGGAGGAACCACCCAUGAAAAAACAUUGUGGUGGUGUCCUACCCAUGGACUACCAGUUACUCAGAAGUAAUCAGUUUGGACAAGAACAAAUUGCAUGCAGCAGUGUUUCAGACACAAUUGUGACACAAACCCCAGUCAGUACAACCUUUAACACAGUCACACCUAUGUUGACAAAGGUUGUUAGUAACCAACAUAGCUCUAAUGAUGCUCUCAGUCCUCCAACUGUUGUGGAUACUCAAGCUUGUAGACUUGAUCUCUCAACAUCGAGAGUUAUUAAUUCACAUCAUAUCACUGAAACUUCUGUUGAUCCUCCUUUAUACCAGCCAAUCAGUCAGUCAAUGAUCCAUAACAUUGGGCCAACAACAACAGCAGUGCAACAUGAGAGACAGUCCAUAAAUGCCAGCCAACCAGUUACUCAAACGAUACAACAGACAACAUGCUUGGCUUCAAGACAUCAAACUAACCAGACUGUCAGCCAGUCACCAACUCACCGAGGUCAACUUGUAGAUCACACCAACCAGCAGACCAUGAGUGUACAGUCAAACCUUUCAAGAACUGACUCUGAUCCAUUGUUGUCUCAGUCUAUGGGACUUUGUUCACUACAGGCAAAUCAUGUUACAGUGACCACUGCUUCCCCAAACCAAACCAUUUUACCUUCCACAUCCAUGGUAACAUCAGCCUUGACUCAUUCUGACCCACUUUUGUCACAGUCUAGCCCAGUUGUUCCUAUGCACAUAGAUGCAAGCUCAUCAGCUUCGAUUGUGAGGACUGAGCCAGGAAACAGGUCUAGAGAUCCACUUAUGACACCCAACCCUGCAACCAGCCAAGUUUCCAUGCAAAAUGAAGUGACUUCUGCCAUCAACCUCUCUGAGACAGAGCUCUUGAAUUACUUUGAUCCAAAUUGUUUUGAUAAUGUGUGAAGGUGAUUGUGCGGCAGCAUGAUGGUUAUAGUACACUGUGUGAAGAAGAGCAGUUUGGUGGAUGACAUUGGGAUUUGUGGACAUUUGGCAGCCCAGCAAGUUUGACCGCACCUGCAGUUUCUCACACAACUUUAUCCAGUUGCUGAGGAACAAAGUGUUGGAAAUAUCAAUAAUGGUAUUAGUAUUUGUACCAUAUUUGAUGUGAAAGGCAUACCUACUCUUCUUCUUAAGACAAUAGUAAAUGUUUACUCAUUUAUUUUUGAUAGGCAUCAUUCAGAGGUUUAAGUUAUUGUUCUUAAUAGUUUUAUGGAGUGAAGAUUGAGGUUUUCAUUAAGGAAAACCAUUUCAUUAUUUUAUAUUUUUAUUACUAAAUAAGUAUUGGUGUUUAGUGUUGUUGAUUGUCCAUUUAUCUUUUCUUUUGUAUUUGUGAUAAUUUAUUGUAUUUUAAAAGUAGUUUGGAAGUAAAAAUAGAAUUGACAAGAGAAUUGUAUCUUGGGCAAAGUGUUCAAUGCAUUGAUUUAGGAAAGAUUCAUCCAGUACCACUCUGCAUGAAUUGUUGAAACCCAUAUGAAAAUAUAAAUAGAUAGCAACUAUUUGUAUCAGUAGUUUAUAAAUUAUAUUAGCACAAGCUGGAGUAAGAUAUAUGUUGAGUAUCACUACAAUUAAUACUGAAAAAUACAAGGGUAGAAUUUUUUGGUUUAGUCAUAUAAACAAGCAUUGCCAGACUUUGCCUUGCAUGUGGCAGCCAGCUCGUGACAUGGCCCAGAUGGAACACAGGAAUGUCUUUCAUAGAGGUUUUCUCUACAGGUAUGAAUUGAAGGGAGGAAUUUGAUAGUUUAGAACCCAAUUGUAGUAGAUGCAAGUGAUUGUACAUAUUUAGAGAGAAGAGAUGCAAAGGCCAGUUAGAAGGCCAGUUGUUGACUUGUGUGUGCCACCUGCUACAAACAAUGAAUAUGUUGCAUUAUUUGCAUUCAUAUGGCUAAUAUUUCAAGAACAUUUUAAGCUUUUAUAAGUGAUAUUGCUCAAAUAAUGAACUCAUUGGUUUUGCAGUUGCACAUAAAUGCCAUUCAAGAACAUCCACUCUUUCAUCUAAAAUAUUAUUAUGGUUUACUAAGCAUUUAAUUUAAAGGUUAAAGCUUAAAAUUACACGAGAGCAUGCAUUAAGCUGAUGGAAGAGGUACAGAAUAGGAGGCUUUGUUUCAGCCCCACUUAUUAGCUGGAUGUAUGCUGGUAAUGUGCAUUGUCUGUAGUAUACACUGGCAUACAGCUCACCUUUGGCAUAUGUAAUGAACUUAACGGGCCAUAAUUUAGCUGUACUUCAUAAAAUGUUUAUUAGUCUUCAUUUUCCUUGCAUAACUUUA